UACACUGACUGACUGACUGACUGAACGAACUGUUGCUAUGCCCAUAAAAACACCUGCGCUCACAAACACAGGAAAGCAGCACCUGACCAACACUGAGGAACUUCACUAACACUCGAAUCAAUCACCAUUUCUCCUCAAGCAGGACGACAGUCAGAGGAAAAGAGUCAUCUACUGAAACCACACCAUCUACAGCUCAUUCACUGCGGGACCAAGAACACGACCGAGCACUCACAUCAUGAUUGAGAGUGACAGAGAGCUGUCGUCCAUGGUGCAGGAGCUGUGGGACAAUGACGUCAACAGACUCAAACCUGGGAAAGACUACAGGAUCUCUCUGCAGGGUAAAGCUGGAGACAGCAUGGCCAUCAACGACAACAAUGAUGGAGCAGGAUAUCCUCUGUUUACAUUUGUUGACGAGAACAUUUUCAAAAAGGAGACUUUUUUAGCCUUUAUCUCCCUGUUGGAUAACUAUGUGAGUGACACCGGCGAGCCAGAAAUUGUAACCCCCGAGGAGGUGGCAGAGAACCACAAAUUCCUGGACGCCAUCAUUAAGACUCCCACUAUGAAGAUAGCUCAUAAAUACCUGGCAGAGAAGAACCUCUCUCCAGAGGAUGAGACGAAAUUCAAGGAGCAGCUGUACAGGAUCUGGUUUGAACUCUAUGCGAGGAGAGGAUCCAGCAGACCAGACUCCUCCGGGUUUGAACAUGUGUUUGUUGGAGAGACGAGAGGAGGGCGCACUGUCAUCGGCUUCCACAACUGGAUCCAGCUCUACCUUCAAGAGAAGCUGGGACACAUUGACUACAAAGGCUACAGCGUUGACGCACAUUCACCCCAGCCAGACGAGAACAAACACAUCCUGGCACUACAGUUCAGCUGGAAGGAUGGUAUAAAGCCCAAGGGCAGCAUCUUCAUCGGCGUCAGUCCCGAGUUUGAGUUUGCCCUCUACACCCUCUGUUUCCUCACUUCGCCCAACGAGCGCGUCAAAGUCCAGUUCAGUUUCUACGACGUGGAGAUUGUUUGCCACCACUACAACCAAAAGCACAUAGGCACCACUUACCCUGUGCUUAUUAGGUACCGGAUACCUACAAAGUAACUUGUCUAGAAAUCAAUCUCAGGUACAGGUAUAACUUCUCCAACACUUGAGCUUGGAAACAAAGUGUCACAGGUGUUGUUGUUGUCUUUUUAUUUUAGAUAAAGAUACAAUAAAACCUUACAAGACCCA